AUGAAACCAUUGCAUGUUGAUCGAAUAGACUUCAGUGACCAUCACAUCUUUCAAACAGCGGAUAUUGACAUGAUCAGAACAAGACUCCAAAAACUGCAGGCCGAGUUUGCUUCCAAGCCAAUCGUUGUUGUAACCGAAAAGGACUAUGACCGAGAGCCAGAGGUUCUUAAACAUCUGAAUCCUUAUGAAAUAUUGGUGCUCUGUUCUCACUUGCAAAUUCUACCUCACAAAGGAUGCACAGAAGAUAGCUUCAAGGAGGUACUGAGGCUGCCUUUUGAAGUGAAAUUAUCAAGCAUAAAGUGA